UGCAGACCGAGACUGCAGACAUGCAGCAGCACAGAGCGGCAUAUAUGUUUAAAGAGGUUGCAGUAGAAUGGCCUACUGACGAGGUUUGCCACAAAGGACAUCUUUGGGAACCUGAUGUGUGUGAGCUAUCCAACAUGUGACUGGACAGCAAACUCAAGUGACUUUGCUUUCAAGUUUGACGAACCUAAGCAUGGUCUCGCUGUGGAAUAUUUAUCUUCUCCUCCCUCUCUCCUUGCCUAUAUCACCUCAUGCCCUACCUUUAACUGGAGAAAAUGUAAAAGAAUCAAAAGAUAUAGAUCAAGACAGAUCGGGACAGUUUCUUACACAAACCAUCCUUAAAACUCACAGAUCUGGUUUAGAAACAGGUAAUCCAAUACUUGGUCCUGAGAGCGUUUUCUUCCUGAGUCAACCAUUGAGUUGGUCCUCAUCGUCAUCUGAAGAUAUAGACAGACAAGGUGUAAUUGGUGAAUACAGCGAUGUACAGGAUAGCACGGAACCAUCUCUUUCAUAUCAUAAUGAAAGAGGACUCAUAUCCAGACCCACACAGAGUGGGACGGAGGAUGCAACCCCCACGGAGGGUAUACAAACAAUACGGUUUUCAUCUGGAAGUGCACCACAAAAACCUACCCAGGAACAAACAUUUAAUUAUCAGUCAACUGAGAAGAGCACUGUGUCUGUUUUCCAUUCCACACAGAGCAAAGACAGUGACCCAUCCUUGACAACACUGCAAAAUGAGACGACUGAUAGCCAUUUACCUUUAACUCUGUCUGGCUCAAUGCCAUCACACAAAUCAGACCAGAACUCAACUAUGCAGCUGUAUGCUGGAGCUGAGGCUAACCCUGAAGACACCACUCCACCAGUGGGUACUCUCAAUUGGGGAUGGACCGGAGGCAUUUCUGUUUCCACACAGAGAAAACAAGAUGAAUUGAUUGAUGUUAAGGAUCGUAAUUUACAAAGAGGAGCCGUCAGCACAGAGGCAGCUGGAGAUGACUCCAAGAAAGAUAACCUGCAACCCUCAGAGGCCAGUGGCACAGUUUUGUUUGGCUACAACAUGAAAAUAUCGACCACACCCCGCAUAACAUCAGAUAAACCCUGGACUCCAACCUACCCUGAAGAUUUUACACCCAGUGAGUCCUUGCGACACUCUCUGGCUGUUGGUCCUGCCUUCAUAAUCCCUCUGUAUUCGGACUGGAAUUCUGCCUUUGCUACAUGGGGAUUUGCAUGGGAGGUGCACAUCUAUGGCCUGGGAUCCAUCUUCACUCUAUUUUGCCUAAUCUCUGUGGUCUGCCUCUUAGGUUUGCCCCUGCGGUGUCCCCCUGGGAGCCCAUACUUCACAAUGUUGCACUUCUUCAUUCUAGCAUUUGCAGGAAUCCAGGCUUUCUAUUUGCUCUAUGAUGCUUACAGUUCUCAAGAUCGACUCCCGCCACUGGCCACUCUGCUUCUCUCUGUAUUGCCAUUCCCAUGUUUGAUAUCAGCCUUCUCCCUGGCCUUUCUUCUUCUUUCCUUGCGCUCACACAAGCAGCUUUCCAUUUUUCCGAUUUCUACCUCAUUCUCAGUUCUACCCAAACCUUGCCUUUUACUUUGCAUGUCACUUUCGCAUUUUACAAUCUCUCUAGGGUAUGUUGGUCUUCUUCAGUUCUUCCACAGUCUCCCAGUUGUGAUCUUGCUAUUCCCUCAGGGUGUAUUUGUCUGUUUCACCAUCUUUCUCUCAUUCUCCUACCUCCUCUUCUACUGCUUAACACAAGUAAAUACUAAACACGUAUAUAGGCUCAGUGACAACGGAGAAAGUGGAGGAUCCCCUGAAGUGAGGCCACCUACCGUUUUCCCUUUUUCCAAUGCAAAGGACUGGAACAGAGCCGCAGGAGUUGGAAUAGGAACGUCUUUGUGCUUGUUAGGAUGUGGCGGUCUUCAGCUGUAUGGGAUCCUGCAUACUCUUGGUUUUGGUGGGGUUGAUGGUUAUGGGUUUCAGCCCUGGCCCUGGUUGGGCUAUCAGGUGGGGUGCAGACUCUGUGAAGCUGGGGUGUGUCUCGGUUUGUCUGUGAUUGGCACACAUCCUCUACUCUGUCAUAACAACUCCUCUACCAAGACCUUAACUAAUCCCAGGCCAGGAUCAUGGUCCCGGCUCUCCUGCAGCUCCCCUUUACGAGAGCUCAGCCUUCCCACUCAGGAUGGUGCAAAUUCUCCUGUCCUCUCAUCCCAUGAGUCCUGGGCCCAGAAACAGCAAGAAAAGUUGGUUGUCUGUGAUGUUGUCACCAGGAGACAGUCAGAGGCUCUUCCUCUUUGCUCAAUGGUGGAUCCUCCUGCAAAUGGAGUAGAUUCUGUCCACAAGCACAGUCAAACCCACAGUUCACUACCUCUUCCUAUAGCUCAAAGUCCACCAAAUAAAUCUAAAAGCAUAGCCGAGCUUCUGCAGUCGCCACUGGAUAGUUUAGGUGUAGAGAGCGACUCCACUGGGGACCUGCGCCCCCCAUCUCCCAUAGACUUGUCACGCAGUAUUGACCAAGCGCUUUUCAGUGAAUCACUAUUCUCUCACAGCAUCUUUGGUCGACCAAGACUGACUCAGGCAUCAUCAAGUGUUUCCUUGAACUCUACUAGCCAAGCUACAUCAAAGCAAGAGGCCAGCUCUGUGGGGGUUACUUUUUACCGAACCUCCUCUUGUGGAGAUGUGGAUCAAGAUAAUGCUGUCUCAUACUCCAGAGCUUCAAAACCACCUGGCAACUUGAGAUCUCAUAGCAAUCCACCAAUUCCACCAGAGCAAUGGGACUGGAAAGGAAGUGUUACUGGCUCAACCCAGGGCUUGUGCAGCCACCCCAAAGGAACAGGAAAGUUGCGUUCACAUUCCUGGGCAAACAGGGGACAACACUUUGCUCAAAGCAGCCUCCCACGAGCAAUCCCCAACUUAUCUUAUUACAGGCAUUACAGAACCCUUAGCUUGGCUUCUCAGGACAGUAAGGGCUCUGGCCGGUUAUCUGGUACCAAACACCUUAGCGAAAGCAAACAGCUGGAAUGGGAUUUGGCUGUACAAGCAGAGUUUGUCACUGUGUGCAGACAAAUUGAUGCUCUAAGUGUUUGCAGUGAUACCAUUGAAUUGUAGUAUGCUGUAAAAGUCCAGGAAUGUAGUUAACUUUAAACAGAGGUAACUUAGCUACAAAAUAUUUUAACUGUUUACCUUAAAAAAAUAUUCAAAUUAAAUAAUCACCUGGACUACAUAAAGGAGAAUCAGUAGGCCUAAUAAUUUUCUGUAAAUACUUUUGAUAUGUGUAAAUUAAAAAUCUACAGUUCUUCUCCCUAGUAUCAAUGCUUGAAAUGUCAUUUCUGAUUCAGACCCAGAUUUUAGUGUGUAGGAUCUUCUGUCAGCAUCAGUUUCAAAUUGCGGGACAGCUUCAAUAAACUUCAAAAAUAUGUCUUAAUAUUUAAAGCUUACAGCUGGAUGCCAAGCUUAAUUUUUUCUUUAAGUGAAGUCAUUGCAGACAGUCUUAUUAGGCACGUUUCCAAUUGCGGGAGUUACAGGUACAUUUUUCGUAGCCGGGCCGUUUCCAUUACCAGCAAAAGCCCUGUAACGUGGCCUUCAGGAACCUUUACGGUGCCAAAUAACGGCCCUGUAGUAGGAGAGGGCAGUUUUUCAGCCCGGUGGGGCUACCUGGUGGGUGGUCUCUGCUGAUUGUAUUGUAUUCUAAAAGCAGGAAAUAACGUUCAGCCCUCUCAUGUGAACAUAAAUCAUGUGACCACAAAUCAUUUAAGCAUUUAGACCAGAUACAUUGUGCUACGAGUAUAUUUGAUGCAGUUAGAGGCAUGAAAUAAAGGAUGGAUGGACCGAUGAGUCAGUUUAGGUCUUGCUGUCAUAUCACACCAAUAUAGUGGUCCAGCAGGGGGUUUCUUUUAUUCUCAAUCGCUACGACUGCCGUGUAUGUUAAAAAAAAAGCAAAAAAAGGCAAAUAGCAUCCGUUUACGUAUUUCUUCUUCUCUUCAUUCUUUUGCUGGCCAUCUGCGAGCUGCAAAAGAUGUACAGUACUGUCACCUAGUGUUCACCGCCGGUAUUUUUUUUUCAGUCAAAGGUUCUUGUGUUCUUGUUUGGCAGGAGACGGUAGGCCCUGUUAGAGGUUCCUGUCCAGCAGAUUUACCCUGAACUCCUGCUAGUGGAAACACGUCUAUUGUUUUUGAUAACCAAGUAAAUAGUGAAACGAUUUGUUCCAGAAGGGUGUAGCAUUCUUUCUUACAUGUGAUUAACACUGUGGGAUGUCAAUUGGUGUGUUAUAUUAGAGAUAAUGAUGGUGAUUUCUGUGAUUUAAGAUAUGUUGCUAUCUACAUUCCUCAUUUCAAUAACCAACAACUUUGUUCUGACAUUGUGAAAGCGCUUUGAAGACUGAUGACAUUGCCCCUGCAAAAUUUUCAGCAGUUUAUUUUUCUUCUUUUUCAACUUUUUAAGAUUUCUUCUGCUUUGUAUUUUGCUUUGGAGUGCCACCACUAUAAAUUCCAAAUAACUGCUUUUUCAAGAACUUACCUUUAGCAGGAGUUUGAAUGGUUUCGAACUUACCAAACAAACUUGAUGGAAAAAAAUUUAAAAAAUGUAAGAAAGUAAUUUAUUAUGCAGCUGUGGUACAAAAGAUAUAAGCACAAGUAAUAAGGUUUUUAAAAGG